AGUCAGGCACCCAUUUGCAAAGCUCCUCUGGAAGCCCAUAGGAUGGAAGUUUUCGCGAAAGGCAGCAUGCCACAGCUGAUCGAACGCUUUCGUGAUAUUAACAGCAAUGACAUUAAUUAGCUUCACUAUAAGACUGGAUGAGUUUACUCCACAAUUGCGUGAGGUAUGCUGGGCGGUCCCCUGUGGAUCGCUGGUGCCGAAAACCAUAUUGCCUGCCGCUAACCAGACCGUGACGUUCGAGUGUGCAGGCUCACUUAUCCGGUCACUGCUGCUGAGACAACGUAUAGCACCUUGCUGCAACAUGACGGACACACAAACCCUCAAGGAUAUCGCCACCAGGAUCAGGAUACUGAGUAUCGAAUCUACAGCAGCUGCUAAUUCCGGCCAUCCAACAACAUGUUCGUCCAUAGCCGAGAUUAUGUCGGUGUUGUUCUUCAGAGUAAUGAGGUACAAGGUAGAUGAGCCAAGAGAUCCUGGCAGUGACCGUUUAGUACUGUCAAAGGGUCAUGCGGCUCCAGCACUGUACGCUUGCUGGAUGGAGAAUGGGCUCAUUCCUCAUUCGGAGAACAAGAAUUUGAGGAGACUAGGAAAUAACCUUGAAGGUCACCCAACUCCACGACUGAACUUUGUAGACGUAGGAACAGGAUCACUUGGCCAGGGACUUGCCAUUGCCAAUGGCAUGGCUUACGUUGGCAAGUACUUGGAUAAUGCUGACUUCAAGACAUACUGUCUAAUUGGAGAUGGAGAGAGUGCAGAAGGUUCAAUCUGGGAAUCCAUCGCUUUCGCCAGUUUUUACAAACUGGACAACCUAGUGGUCAUUCUUGACGCCAACAGAUUGGGUCAGUCUGAGCCGACAAUGAUUGGACAUGACAUGGAAACCUACAGAAAGAGAUUUGAUGCCUUUGGCUUCAAUACAAUUGUGGUUGAUGGCCAUAACGUCGAAGAACUGAUAGAGGCAUUCGAUUGCGCAGCGGCGACUAAAGGAAAGCCUACAGCUAUACUUGCAAAGACAUUCAAAGGUAAAGACUUCCCCGGCAUUGAAGACAAAGAAAACCAUCACGGCAAACCAUUGGGAAAAGCAACCGAAGAGGUGCUAAAACAUUUGUACUCGUUGUUACAAUGCCAGGGUAAAUUGAACUUUACCAUUCCCAAGCCAAAAUCUUUACCACCUGCAGACAUCAGCAACUUGAAACUAGCCUCUCCUCCAUCGUACAAAGUUGGUGAGAAAGUUGCUACUAGGAAUGCAUAUGGAACAGCGUUGGUGAAGCUUGCUCAGCAGAAUAACAGAGUAAUUGCUUUGGAUGGUGACAUGAAAAACUCCACAUUCUCCGAGGCAAUGAAAAAAUUUGAUCCAAAGAGGUACAUUGAAUGCUAUAUUGCUGAACAGAACCUGGUUGGUGUGGGUAUUGGAGCUGCGUGCAGGGAUCGUACUGUAGCUUUUGCAUCCACAUUUGCAGCUUUCUUCACCAGGGCUUUCGAUCAGAUUCGCAUGGGCGCUAUUUCGCAAACCAACCUGAACAUUUGUGGUUCCCACUGUGGUGUCUCGAUUGGAGAAGAUGGUCCCAGCCAGAUGGCUUUGGAAGACUUGGCCAUGUUCAGGUCAAUCCCAACCUCCACAGUGUUCUAUCCAUCCGACGCAGUAUCUCUAGAAAGAGCUGUCGAACUGGCAGCAAACACUAAGGGGCUGACCUUCAUUAGAACAAACAGGCCUGCAACCCCUGUCAUAUAUCCUAAUGAGACCAAAUUUGCUAUUGGAAAAGCCCAUAUUCUGAAGAGCAGUGGCGAUGAUAAAGUACUUGUAAUAGGUGCUGGUGUAACGUUAAUCGAAGCACUUGGUGCACAUGAUAUCCUGGCCAAAAGCGGAAUCAAAAUAAGAGUCCUGGAUCCGUUCACCAUCAAACCCAUCGACCAGUGCGGAAUCGUCAAAAAUGCUAAGGAGUGCUGCGGCAGAAUCUUGGUAGUGGAAGAGCACUACUAUGAAGGAGGAAUCGGUGAAGCCGUUUUGUCAGCAGUAGCAGAGGAAAGGAAUAUGUUUGUGAAACACGUGGCCAUCCCAAGGGUGCCUAGGUCCGGCACUCCCGAUGAAUUGCUUGAAUACUAUGGUAUCAAUGCCAAGCACAUUGCUGAAUAUGUCAAGCAGAUUGCGGAAUGCUAAUGUAACUAAAUUAAUACAUAUCUGCGUAACUGCAAG